UUGCACAGCACAGUGUAAUAGAGUUUGCAUGAAGCUUUUAGUUGCUGGAAUUUGUUGACUUUCGCUCAAGUAAACAAUUCUGAUGUCAGUUCUGUCCCUUCUCUCCCCACAACUCCCUUUAAUUUCAUCAUCACAUUAAAACACCGACAUAUUGGCUCCAUAGCCCACCUUGCUCUUGCUUGAAAGAUAAUCUACUCAAGCAUCACCAUCUAAUCUAAUCCGUACUGAAGUUUAUACGAUAUCAUCCGACCAUGGCGCGUCGCUCAGCUCGCAUCGCGAGUUCUUCGAAGACGGUUACUGCUUCACCAGCGCCCCGAUUGGGAUCCGUCGUCGAACAAGAUGAAGGUUCCCCAGCAUUCGGAGGGCAAUCCGCACAACGUCUCGACACUCUUGCCUCUUCUCCGAUGCCUCACCCUGCAACACCAGCUGUAGCCACGCCGGUUAAGCUGCCGAUGUCAGAAAUGCAUCCUAGCAAAGUUCACCCCACUACUGCCGCGCCCUCAUCUGGUCUUAAGCUUGGCUUUGUCGAUAUUGACUACACCAAAGACCAAGCUAAUGGCGUGACCCAAUCUACCCCUUCUAAAACCCCUUAUCAAAUCAAAAUGCCGUCUACAGACUUUACCUUCCGCUAUACCAGGCUCGGGGAUGAUGGUGAUAAAGGACUGAGCCCUGCCGCUAAAUCGAUGAUGGAUGAACUGCGCAACCAUGGAGAUGCCGAGAAGAUCAAGGCGGAGCUUAGAGCUCAGCGCGAGCAAGAGAAGUUGGAAGACGGUACAUCUGGCGACGGGCGCAAGAUUCGCCAGGCCAAGGGAAGAGCCGGUCGCUUUAGCGCCGUCCAUAUGGCCGAGUUUAAGAAGAUGGAUUCUAUUGAGAAUCAUCCUUCAGCCUUCCGCGCUGCCCCUAGUCGCCAAACGCCUGUGAAGAACCUCAAAAGAACACAGUCGAAGGCCAACCUUGAUGAGCCCGAGUCUAUACGAUCCAAGAAAUCUUCUACCCGCCCAGUGCCUACAUCUUCUACGAAACAACAGGAGGAAACCGAGUCUCCUGUUAAGCGUGUCAAGCAGGGCCUUGGCGACGAUGUUUCUUCCCUGCGCCCCGUUUCUCGAGAUGGAAGCUUUCUUCCUCGACCCAAGAGCAGCGGCAAUGAUUCAAUGCAAAGUAACAUUCCCCGCUCGCAAGCUCUUGCCAACCUUAUGACCCCGACUAAGUCAUCGAUCGCGCGCGCAAGCAGCACCAAGACUCCUACUGUCACAUUGGUUAAAUCUUCUAGCAAGCCUGAUCUUUCCGGUCUUGCCAAAUCCCCAAGCAAACCAGAACUCGGCCUAACUAGAACCUCGAGCAAGACAAGCUUUAGCAACCUGAAGAAGUCUAUGACCACUAGCAACCUAAGUGUGAAUAAGAUUCCCGGUCAUGUUGAAACACCCGGUCGAUUUGAUAGAGUCAAGUCGAUCUUGAAGCGACAGAUUAGCGGAUCCAAGUCGAAGUCUAGCAUUCCUCAGCUUACCGCGUCUCCCUCCAAGACCACCCUUCACGAGAGCAUCGAUGAGGAGCUGCCUUCUGCUCCACUUACCACACCCGGACGGAAGGUUGAGCGACGUAUGAAUUUCACCCCCAUGGCUAAGCGGGCCACGCAGUUAUUGAACUCUCCAUCGCCCGUCAAGUCAAGCAUACCACGAUCGAAGACCGUUUCUCAACUUAACCUUGGUAUUACCGCUAUCAACAAGCCUGCGGGUGAAGAGGCCACUAAGGAUGAAGUGGCGUAUCCUGAUCUCUCGGCCUAUUGCCGCGAUGUAAGCGAGGAGCCAGAGAAACCCAGCAAAGACCAAUUCCCUGCGUCGGUCCCUGGUACUUUCACAUUCCGUAGCGACCACACGAUCCGUUUUGACAGUUCCUCCCCUAAGGGAUUUGGCGGUGCUGCUGGCCAAGCCAGUCUUCGUCACAUUCGCGAAUCAAUUUUACCAACGAGCCGAAUGCCUGGUAGUUUCCCGCGGCCGUCUGAUGCAUCUCCUAACAAAGAGAACAACCCUCCAGCACCUGGAUCUGGUAUUCCCCACGGAAUGACCAACAAGAAGAGACAUAGAGCUAGUUGGGAUGAAGAGGAAGAGGACGAGGCUAACAAGCGUACUGCGAAGAAGUUGCGCAAGAAUCCGACCGUUGAGGGACAUGCCCUCGUUGCGCCUCGACUCAUGAAACUAGACUCCCCCGCCAAGAAAGCAGGUACUGCUAUUAAUGGCACUCCUAGCCCUCAAAAGAAGAAGAAGGGAGGCCUUAGCAUGAGCAGACUCAACAUGCUCGCUCGACCUAAGGUUAGGAAGUAAUCAACGACACCCUCAGGCGGUCGAUUGCCCUACGAUCGGCAUAAGAGAACGCGUUUCGAUUUUUUGCUCGAUGGAACGACUCCUGCUUAUUCGUUGUUUGGAGCACAUGGCGUCUGCAUCUAGAUUGUUGGCAGAGGCAUGACGGCGCAAUAGGUUUUCAUCUCAAAAGACUUGAGAUUUCUACAGGUUUACACUAGUGCAGUGUACCCGUUUCUUUUUGGGAGCACCUCGCUGGUGUGACCCCAUUCGCAUUAAUUGAUUUCCGCACUGCAUAAGGAGUUACGAACGGUCAUGUACCAAUAAGAAAAUUCGGAAACGUCAUAGGAGGCUUGGUGGUUCUCUCCUGAAUAAGAGGUGUUGGUUGGGUUUCGACCGAUAUAAUUCGGAAGGUACAUAGGUUCUAGGGCUAAUGAUGAUCAUGAUUACUUGCAGUUGGUGUACUUACAUAAUAACCGUGAAUGUUAAUACUUGACUGAG